AUGGACGAAAUUCCUACAUACAAAUAUUUGGAAGGAAAAAUGAAGGAAGAAAAUAACGAAGAAAAUAAUAACAUAAUUGGUCUAGAAAAUAUUAAUUUUGAUGGAUCGAGUAAUAGUGUAAGAGAAAAAGAUUGGGGAUCAACUGUAGCAGAAUCUUCUACUACAAAAAUAAAAAAUGAAAAUGAUUUUGAAGAAUCUAUUAUUAAUAAAAAUAAAUUAAAUACAAUUUUUGAUGAGGAGGCAAAUAAUUAUUAUAAUUAUUUAAUUGGGGAAAUGACUUUUGAAGAAAAGAAAAAAAUAUUUAAUAAAAAAUAUUUUAAUGGAUAUUUAAAUGGAUACUGGUCAGAAUUUGUUCGAACAAUGGAAACACUCAUUAAUUGGAAUAUUAGAGAAUAUUUCAUUGACGGGGAAAGAAGUUUGGAGAAAAGGGUUUGUUUUUUAUAA